GGCCCAAUUUUUCUUAACCGUUUCGUUGCAAGUGUCAUCUCCGAUUGUACGACUAUGAAAGACACAUGUUGGAUGAAACAUUAACAAUACCCACACAAAAAAUUUAUAUCCCUCAAAGUAAACAUUUCGAAGAAGUUUAGAAGGAAUUUACCGGUGGUCAAUAUUUCCUAAAGAAGAUCCAUAUUUCUAUUAUCAUAAUUAUAAUAAGACAGAACUGAGAAAAAGAAAAAUCGAAAUACAUUAUUAUAAUAUAAAAACUAUUUCAUUCCUCAAAAAAUUUCAGUGCAGAGAACAAUAUAUCUCUGCCAACCAAGAAUUCUCGCAAAGAAAUCUAUCUAAAGAAAAUAAUAAUAAUAAUAAUAAUAAUAAAAAUCGACGAAUCUAAAAACUAAAGUCUAGAAAAAUAAGAAGGAAAAAUGGCAAGCUACAUGCCCCCGUUGCACGUUCCCUUGGAGACAAAAUGGAAGCAUUGGCCUACCUAUAUCUACGAUAAGAACUACGGUUAUGGGAUCAAUUACUAUCAACCGAUGCUGGAUCACAUCGAUCGUGAAGGUCGACCUUCAUCGUUACCAAGAUACCGUAGAAGAUCGGAACCACCGGAAUUACCAUGGUCGGAUGGAAGGCUUUUAUGGGAGGAUAAACCCGUGGAACCGUAUUCGAGACACGAAUUGAUCAAGCGGGCAAUCGACGCGGAGGACGAGGCCAGGGAUCAUCUAACCCAUUUCAAGAUAGCGAAUCGGUCGGACUUCAGCUUGGCCAAAACAGCGCAAGCCAGCCACGUGACCAGAGAGGUGUUUCCGCGGAAGUUGGAGGAGAUCAAGUUGAAACCGUUACCUCUGCUCGUUGAGAGUGCACGCGCCAAGGCCAGGGCUAGACAACUGCAGCGUGAAAUGGCAGACAUCGAUUUCCAAUCUCUGAGAGACGCUCGUACCCUCUCCGAGGUAGAGAACGCCUUGGAAUUUGGGAAGAGUCUUCGAGGAAAAUCGGCGAGGGCGAUCGGAUUCCAUUUGACGGCCGAGGCUUAUAAGAAUUUGAACAGGAGUAAGGAAUUGGCCGAUAUCAGAAAAUAUCAGAAGGAGUGUGCCUCCUCGAGUUAUUGCUGGGAUACCAGGGAACAUUUGAGGCAUAUAGAGGAGAGAACGAGGAAAUUACUCGACGAGGACAGGCUCGCCGAACCGUUGGACAACCUGAGCAGGGAGCUGAAAGGAUACGAGGAGAAGUCGAGCAGCUACUUCCUGGACAAGAGGUAUCGACACCCGACCAGACCGAGACGAUUGUACGGAUGCCUGGGAAUCAGGCCCGCUUAAAAGGAUGGAAAUUCUAGUAGAUUAGAUACCUAGCCGUGUGGGUAAGAGUAAUGUGACACGGACCAAUGGAAAGAAUAAACGAUAAAAUAUGAGAGAA